GGACAAACUAACAAACAGAAGCAACAUGAACAGAUUGAUUUUUUUCUUGACUUUUUUUCAGAACAAUCAGGAGCAAGAAAAGCUUUAAAAACUCGGUAGGGUUCAUUCAGAAAAAGAGAGAGAGAUAGCCGAAGAGAAAAACAAUACCCCCAAAAUGACUACUUUGGGAGGCCUAAUAAUCAUUCUUCCAAGCUUUCUGUGUCUGCUCCUUGUCUUAGCUUUCAUCAAGAUCCUUCACAAACUAUGGUGGACUCCGAUUCGCAUACAGAAGGUGAUGGCUUUGCAGGGGAUCAAGGGCCCUUCUUACAGAUUCAUCUACGGAAAUACCAAAGAAAUCUCCAACAUGAAAAAGGAAGUCAUGGGCAGGCCUCACAUUUUAUCACACGACAUAUUUUCUGUAGUUCAACCUCACGUUCACUCGUGGACCAACAUAUAUGGGAAGAAUUAUCUUCAAUGGCAUGGUUCUCGAGCUCAGUUGGUUAUAACAGAACCUGAGUUGUGCAAAGAGAUACUAAAUAACAAAGGCAGAGCUUAUCCAAAACGAGAGCCCCCAAACAUUUCGAAGAAGCUAUUUGGAGAUGGCCUUGUGGCAACAAACAAAGCUGAAAAAUGGGCAAAAUUGCGAAAGCUGGCCACCCUUGCUUUCCAUGGAGAGAGUUUAAAAAGUAUGAUUCCAGAUAUGGUAGCCAGUGCUGAGAAGAUGGUAGAAAGGUGGAAAGUUUAUGAAGGAAAAGAGAUUGAGGUCUUUGAAGAGUUUAGAUUGUUCACUUCGGAAGUGAUUUCGAGAACAGCAUUUGGCAGCAGUUAUUCAGAAGGACAGGACAUAUUUGAAAUGUUGAGGAAGUUAGGCUUCCUAAUAUUCAAAAAUAUUCUCAAAGUCAGGGUUCCUGUCAUAAGUAAGCUCUUCAAAACCAGCGAUGAGAUCGAAUCGGAAAAACUUGAGAAAGGAAUCCAUGCCUCCAUAAUAGAGAUGGUUAAGAAAAGAGAAAAGAAGACAAUGACUGGAGAAAACGACAGCUUUGGGAGUGAUUUUCUUGGAUUACUUCUGAAGGCUAAUCAUGAAGCCAAUGAGAACCAGAGGAUUUCGGUGCAGGAGAUAAUUGAUGAGUGCAAGACGUUUUACUUUGCCGGACAAGAAACCGCUAAUACUUUGCUUUGUUGGACUGUCUUUCUUCUGGCACUCCAUACGGAUUGGCAAGAGGAAGCAAGAAAGGAGGUGCUACAAUUAUUUGGCAAACAAACUCCAAAUCUUGAUGGCAUUGGCAAACUGACAACAAUGAGUAUGAUCAUCAAUGAGACUCUAAGGUUAUAUCCCCCUGCUGUUCACGUUGUAAGGAGAGUCGAAAGGGAAGUUACACUAGGAAAGCUGAUUGUUCCUAGUAAUCUUGAAUUGGAUGUCUCAAUCGUAGCACUUCACCAUGAUCCUCAAAUCUGGGGACAAGAUGUGCAACUUUUCAAACCAGAGAGAUUCUCGGAAGGGGUUGCCAAAGCAACCAACAAUCAUGUAGGCGCAUUCAUACCCUUUUCAAUGGGACCUCGAAUUUGUGUGGGCUUAAACUUUGCGACAACGGAAGUGAAGAUUGCUUUGUCGAUGAUUCUACAACGUUACGCCUUCACCCUUUCCCCAGGUUAUGUCCACUCGCCCUUACAUCUUCUUACAGUUCGUCCACAACAUGGAGUACAGGUAAGGCUACAACCACUUUGAACUUCGAAGGUCAGAUCAGUUGCCCAUGAUUCUUGUCCUUGGUGCAUAAAUUGGACAUAACCCAUGUUGUGCCUAUGAAUGUUGCACUUUGAGACAAGACAGACAAGGAGCUUACUUGUGAAUUAUCCUUUCGAGUUUAUGAAGCGAUUGUUCUCUUUUGUUUUGCAGUAUUUUGCUGAGUCCAAGGUUUUCCUGUUCGUUUUUUUGUUUUUUUUUGGGUAGAAUGAAAUCUUAUGCUUACAGUUGUAAUAAACAUUUUCAGUUUAAGGUAAAACGAAUUUUGAAAAAAGGGCA